UUUCACGUUGAAACUCGAAAAUUUUUCGGUCUUUUUCCGCGUUUGUCGUGAACCUUUUCGUUGAUACAACAUUUUGAGAAGAACACAUACCGGACUAAACCGCGAUGUUUAGACUCUCAGUCUUGUUCGUUUUGGUCGUAUUAUGUAUGACUGUUGAGGGAAAGUACGUAGACCUUGGAUCCAACCAAUGUUCAUUUACAGCCUUGACGAGGAAGAUUAGCAGCUUGGAGAAAAAGCUUGACAAUCUUCUAUUGUUGUGCAAGUGUUCAGAUUUUUGUCCAGCUGGUUGGACAACGUACGCCAGUUCGACGUCAUGUUACCGGUUUGUUAACAGUGCUGUAACUAAAUGGAAAGACGCUCGUAAAGCAUGCUUGGCCAUGGGUAGUGACCUCGUCAAGAUCGAGUCUUUAAGAGAGAACAUCUAUGUCUUUAACUUGGCACGAUCCUAUGCCUACAAGUCGGUGUACAUGUGGAUCGGUUUACACAAAGAUGUGAACAAGAACUUCGUUUGGGUGGACGGAUCUACAAUGUCUGGACARUACACUAGAUGGCACUCUGGCAAGCCCAACAAUGGAGACGCACAAGAGGAUUGUGUUCACUUAUACCUGGCCAACGGUGGGUACUGGAACGACAUCCGCUGUAACUAUCCAAACAAAGGCGUUUACAUGUGUGAAAAAAGUAAACAAAUUUCCGGAUAAAAAAAUUUCUUAGGAUCUUGAGCAACACUUUGAUAACAUAAAAUAAUAUCAAUAAAAAGUGCCUGGCCUGCUCGAGAGGGGAGGAGAAAUGAGGARAGUAGAGACAUUCUUCCCCCUCCCUCUCCUCCUCCCAAUGUAGGGUAGGGGUUCAACUAGGAAAGUGGUAUCGUAACAUAAAAAUUAGUGAAAAAACACAAGAGGCACGUAGUCAAAUAAACUCAGCAAUAUCAUGAAUGACUGUAAUUAGUGAUAACUUGAACUUAAUAAACGCGACGAAACUCAA